UACAAGAGAAGGCCCACGGGCCAGUACAACUUAUUACACAAUAUAAAGUAAAUUUUAUCUACACAACAGCACACUAAUUUACAAAUUCCUUCAACAAAAAAAGAUAAAGAAAAUUAUCUUCAUAAAAAUGGCAGAAGAGUUCAGUCCACCAUUAACUCCAGUGUGUCUGAACCGCCUCUGGAAAAUCUCGACCUUUUUCUCUCUUUCUCGCACGCCGGAGAACGAACCAUAACCGGAAGUAAUCAUGUCUUCACCAAGCAAGCGCAGAGAAAUGGACUUGAUGAAACUGAUGAUGAGCGACUACAAGGUCGAGAUGAUCAAUGAUGGAAUGCAGGAAUUCUAUGUAGAAUUUCAUGGGCCGAAAGAGAGUCCUUAUCAAGGUGGUGUGUGGAAAGUGAGGGUGGAACUGCCAGAUGCCUAUCCCUAUAAGUCGCCGUCUAUUGGUUUUGUCAAUAAGAUUUAUCAUCCAAACGUUGAUGAAACGUCAGGCUCGGUUUGUUUAGAUGUUAUAAAUCAGACAUGGAGCCCUAUGUUUGAUCUGGUAAAUGUGUUUGAAGUGUUUCUUCCUCAACUUCUUUUGUACCCUAACCCAUCAGACCCACUUAAUGGAGAGGCUGCUGCCUUGAUGAUGCGUGAUAGGGCUACAUACGAACAAAGAGUGAAAGAGUUCUGCGGAAAACAUGCAAAGGCUUCAGAUGCUGGGGUCGUCCCGGAGGAAAAGUCUAGUGAUGAGGAGCUAAGCGAAGAUGACGGUUGUGCUUCUUCCAGUGAAGAAGAAGAAAUUGCAGGAAAAACUGAUCUUUAAGAUAUUGAAUGAUGUGCUCUUUACCCAAUGCCUCUUUUGUACAUGAAUCCAAAGCUCCUUUCUUUUAGCAUUUAGAAUAAUAAACUCAUACAUUCUGCUGAACAUUCAUUUGCUUUCUACACCUGUUAAAUUUUUCAUGUCAUUAUAUUAUAAUUAAUUGUUGCUUGAUUCCUCAAAAACAAGAAAGCAUGGUUGGUGUU